AUGCUUGCUUCCGGCUUCAAAGAUGCGCCGGUGACAAAGCUGCUCGUGACGGCAGUCGUCAUCAUAUCCUUCCUCGCAAGCCUGACAGACACGAAGUACUACUUCUGGAUCGACGUCAGGCCACAUCUCCUCGACUACUGGCAAUGGUGGAGACUGUUUAUAUGGCAGCUAUGCUACACCAACAGCACAGAAGUGUUCUUCACGACGGCUGUAUUGUACAACCUGCGCGUCAUUGAGCGGCUCUGGGGUAGCAGGAAGUUUGCUUCCUUCAUCCUGUCAACAUUUCUUUACAACGCCAUACUUCCACCGAUCCUGCUCACACUAGUCAUACGACCCUUGAGCUUCGGCAGAAUCAACUACCUCCCAGCAGGACCAACACCACUCGUGUUCUCACUUCUAGCUCAGUACCACGCCGCAAUUCCUUACAUCUACAAAUAUCGAGUUUCGAGCGGCCUGGGCACCGGUGACGACGGCAUCAUGCUCACUUCGAAAGCGACGAGCUAUCUGCUCCCAGCACAACUAGCCUUAGCACAACUUCCAGGCUCGGCUCUGGCAGCAGCCGUUGGGUGGGUUGUGGGACUGGCAUACAGACGCGAUAUCCUCCCUGGGGUAACAGCAUGGCGGGUGCCGACGUGGGUGAUUGGUGGAAGUGAUGCAACUCGGAAAGAGCGCUUCAACACAAUGAGAAGAAGAAUGGAAGGUGAAGUCGGACAAGCCACUGGUGUAGACACAAAUCGGGAGGGUUCAGGUGAAGGCAGGCGGAGAGGAGUGCUUGGCGGGCUGGCAGAUCAGUUUAGGGGUGCAUUCUAA